GACCAAAGCGGAGCGCGGCCGGGGAUUGGCUGGCAGCGCCCGGGCCGCCGUGCGUCGCUGGUGACGCACGCCUCGGGGAGGGUGCGCGCGCGUUCAGCGGCCUCUUUGUGUGGUGCCCAGAUAGGGGAGCGGAGGUGGCGGCCGCGGCGGCCUCGGUUGUCUCCCGGUGUCCCGGGCUCGCCCUCUAGCCGGCGCCUCUUCCCCCUCUCCCUCCCCCUCGGUCCUUCCUUCCCUCCCCUUUCCCUUCCUUCCUCCCUCCCCCGGCGGCGGCGGCCUCUCUCUCUCUCUCUCUUUUCCCCCCCCUCUCCUCUCGCCCUCCCCACCACUUUCCCCCCCCCCUCUUCCCGGCAACGGCCGGGCCGCGGGCGGCGACGAGGCCCUGAGCCCGCCAUCACGGCGGCGGCGGCCAAGGCGCGGGGCGCGCAGGGCGGGGGCAAGGCCCGGGCGGUGGAGAUGGAGAACUCGCAGCUGUGCAAGCUGUUCAUCGGCGGCCUGAACGUGCAGACGAGCGAGUCGGGGCUGCGCGGCCACUUCGAGGCGUUCGGCACGCUGACGGACUGCGUGGUGGUGGUGAACCCGCAGACGAAGCGCUCGCGCUGCUUCGGCUUCGUCACCUACUCCAACGUGGAGGAGGCGGACGCCGCCAUGGCCGCGUCGCCGCACGCCGUGGACGGCAACACGGUGGAGCUGAAGCGCGCCGUGUCGCGCGAGGAUUCGGCGCGGCCCGGCGCGCACGCCAAGGUGAAGAAGCUGUUCGUCGGCGGGCUCAAGGGCGACGUGGCCGAGGGCGACCUGGUGGAGCACUUCUCGCAGUUCGGCGCGGUGGAGAAGGCGGAGAUCAUCGCCGACAAGCAGUCGGGCAAGAAGCGCGGCUUCGGCUUCGUCUACUUCCAGAGCCACGACGCGGCCGACAAGGCGGCGGUGGUCAAGUUCCACCCGAUCCAGGGCCACCGCGUGGAGGUGAAGAAGGCCGUGCCCAAGGAGGACAUCCACGCGGGCGGCGGCGGCGGCGGCGGCGGGAGCAAGUAA